AUCUCUGAAGACCUGGCGGAUCUCGGCGUGGAUGGAGGCCUGAGGGCGGCGGGGGCGGAGCGCGCCGCGAGUUUGGGGUAUGUUCGUGGCGGGCGCCGUCUAGAGGAAGGCCGAGCAGCCGCCACGACGCUUUCAGUCGCCACGAGACACAAGCGAGCCAGGCUUAGGGCCUCGGCGGCGAUGCAACGACGGCGGCGCCCUCCGCCGCCCGCCUCGCAGCUGCCAGAGGGCUCCGGGGUAGGCGGCUGCGGUGUUGACGGUGGGAGUGAGGAAGUGGAAGUGCAGUUCUCCGCCGGGCGUUUGGGCUCGGCCGCGGCGGUUUCCGCGGCGGCCGCGCGCAGCACAGAGGAGGAGGAGGAGCGGCUCGAGCGCGAGCACUUCUGGAAGAUCAUUAAUGCCUUCCGCUACUAUGGCACCAGUAUGCAUGAGCGAGUGCAUCGAACAGAAAGACAGUUCCGAUCACUUCCAGCUAAUCAACAGAAACUACUUCCUCAGUUUCUUCUUCACUUGGACAAGAUCCGGAAGUGCAUUGAUCAUAAUCAAGAAAUACUGCUGACCAUUGUGAAUGAUUGCAUACAUAUGUUUGAAAAUAAAGAAUAUGGAGAAGAUGGGAAUGGAAAGAUUAUGCCUGCAUCUACAUUUGACAUGGAUAAGUUAAAAUCCACACUGAAACAGUUUGUGAGAGACUGGAGUGAAACUGGGAAAGCAGAGAGGGAUGCCUGCUACCAGCCAAUCAUUAAAGAAAUUUUAAAAAAUUUUCCGAAAGAGAGAUGGGAUCCUUCUAAAGUAAAUAUUCUGGUACCUGGUGCUGGACUAGGAAGACUGGCCUGGGAAAUAGCUAUGCUAGGUUAUGCUUGUCAAGGAAAUGAAUGGAGUUUUUUUAUGCUCUUUUCUUCCAACUUUGUACUCAACAGAUGUUCUGAAAUUAAUAAAUACAAGCUUUAUCCCUGGAUCCAUCAGUUUAGCAACAACCGGAGAUCAGCUGAUCAGAUUCGACCAGUCUUUUUCCCUGAUGUUGACCCCCACAGUCUUCCUCCUGGUUCUAAUUUUUCUAUGACAGCAGGAGAUUUUCAGGAAAUAUACUCGGAAUGCAAUACCUGGGACUGUAUUGCUACUUGUUUCUUCAUAGAUACAGCUCACAAUGUAAUUGAUUAUAUUGAUACAAUAUGGAAAAUACUCAAGCCAGGUGGAAUUUGGAUAAAUCUAGGUCCUCUGCUGUACCACUUUGAAAAUUUGGCAAAUGAACUCUCUAUAGAAUUGAGCUAUGAGGAUAUAAAAAAUGUUGUUCUGCAGUAUGGAUUCCAGGUAGAGGUGGAAAAAGAAUCUGUUUUGUCAACAUAUACUGUGAAUGAUCUCUCCAUGAUGAAAUACUACUAUGAAUGUGUCUUGUUUGUGGUUCGUAAACCACAAUAAUUGUCUCAAGUGAUAUCACCAGGAAAAACGUUUAAUAAGAGCAAAUGCUGAAAUAAACAACUCAAAAUCAACUCUCAGUAAUGACAGGACAAGACCUCAAAUCAGUGGUGCCUUCUUAUUCCUAAAACAAUUUAGAAAUAGCAUCUAUUUUCUUAAUAUGUGUCUGUUGCUUUUCCAGAAAUAUGCUAUGCCAUGCAUAUUUGUACUACACAAGUGAAAACGGAGGGAAUGUCUUUAAGUACACUUUCUUUGAAACGCAGAAUUGUAUCAGUAGGAAAAAACCUUAUCUCCAGUGUCUCAUUAAGCUGUCCUGGUGCAAGUCUCCCAUAUUAAUGACUAAUAGUAUUGAAGCCCAUAAUAAUCUCCUUUUUUGAACAUGUAAUGUUUUAGAAGUGUCUGAAGAUCCUCUUUCACAUUCAGCAUCUAGAAUUGGGACUUUUGUUCUAUACACGUGUGUCUUUUAUCAUUCAAAUUAUUUUUUGCUAGCUCAGCUGAACUUAGAGAAGCAUCAAACAUUUCAUUCUUAGGAAAUGCCGAAUUUAAUAGCAUCACAGGCCAGUAACCUGAGAAAUUAAUAAGUCUUUUGGCCAUGCUAAAUUAAACAUUUUUUGAAACCGUUCUUAUCACUGAGUCACUUUGAAAUACUUGAGAUCUCUUAACAUUGUAAGUGAGGCACAAGCCUUUGUUAAAGGUAGUGCUAGUAAACUGGGGAAAUAAUAAAAUUUGCCCACUAGAAAUGUAUGACUGAAACUAUAAAUCAAUACAGUUUGUCAGUGUGAUGUUUACAAUAAUGUCUUUUCUUAGAUUAUCUGUAUUAUAAAAGCAAGCACUUUUUUUCAUUAAUAACAAUUAGUAUACUAGUAAAAACUGUCAUAAUGGUAUCAGUGUGGGGAAAUUUUGAAUAUGAAAUUCAGGGAUAAAUUACUGCCCAUGGUCUGUCUUUAAUAUUGUGUAAGCAGCAGCCAUUAAUGUAAUUUCAGAUUAACACCAAUUUUAUUCCCCGAUAGCUGGAGCUUGAACAGUAUAUGCUGCUUUAAAUUUCUACCUCUAGAAAAUCUGUAUUGGAGAGAGUUUUCCUUUGUAUUUUUGUAUGUUUAUUACUCUGUUUCCAGUAGCUUGGAAAGUAGAGAUGACUAAUUUAACGUUUUAAUUUUUUCUUCGAGAAAAGGAAGUAGUCAUCUUGAAUAUUUUCAAAGAUGAUUGUGAUUGAAUUAAAUGACCUCUUUGGAGAUUUGGUUUAAUCCAGAUGGACUUAAUCACAAUAAUGUGCUGGUAGGAUAAAUGACAUUUUCAAAAUAGAAACACUUGUAAAUCUUUAGACCUUUGUUGUCAGUUAGGCUGAGGGAGUCACUACAUGAUUUGGUAUCUUACUAGUAGUAGGACCUUUUCUGCGUAUAGUAAGGGAGAUCUUGUGAUCUUUACUCCCAUUUUGCAGUGAACAGUUCUCUGGAGUUAAUUUGACUUGUCAAAUUAUGGAAGUCUGUGAUUGUUUUUUUGUUUUUUGUUUUUUAACAAUUUUCUCUUUUUUGUAUUCUUUCAGUAUUUGGCAGAUGUUCAUUUGGUAGGAAUUCUCAUUACCUACAUGAAUGAACUUGAAAUUAAUUGCAAGGGAAAAUAAUAUUUUGGUUUUUAGAGAGAAAAGAAACUUAAAGGAGCCCAACCAAGUAUUAGAGAAAUCCAUUGAAAAGAAAGAAUGCAUGCUGUUUUUGAGUAAUUUAAAAAUGCUUUAUUCACUGACUAGUAUUUACUUUUUUACAACUUGUAUCAAAACAGAUGAUCUUGUUUUUUGAAUAGAGACAAAAACAGGUCAACACCAAUGGUCAGGCUUUAUUCCUUAAAAUUCUUUUUGCUGUCAGAAUUUAUUCUUUAAUAAUGUUACUUAUAUUUCUAAAUUAUAGCUUAUAUUUUAGUUAAUUCUGAAAUCAGUUAGUUUUUAAUUUCUCCUUUAUAUCAUGAAUUUUAAAUAUGUUCUACACAAAUUUGCAUCAAUUUUUUCUUUCACCUUUUGCAGUUAAUAUAUUCUAAACUUGAAUGUAGUAUCAGUCAAUAAUAGAAGUGUCAUUGGAGGAUUUAAUUAAUUUUGUAUUUCUUAUGUUUAAUCCUAGCUACUUAAGUAUGUAAGCCUUAAAUUUAAAAAAAAAAAAA